CUCAGCCCUCUGACCCCGGCAACGCGUCCCUUUGCGCGCCUAGGACUCUGGAUUUCGGAAUCUGGCUCCCAGCAACUUGUUCAGGUUAGGCGGCCAUGGAGCAGUUUCUGGCCCGGCUGUGCGGCACCAGCGCAGCGCGGCCGCUCCCGGUGUGGGAAGGGGACACCACGGGCCACUGCUUCACCCAGCUGGUGCUCAGCGCCCUGCCCCACGCGCUGCUCGCCGUCCUCAGUGCCUGCCACCUGGGCCGCCCGAGGAGGCCAGAUUCCAUCAUACGCUGUAGCCCUGGCUGGCGCCUCCGACUUGCAGCCUCCGUCCUGCUCGCCAUCCUCCCAUUGUUGGACCUUCUGCCAGCUGCGUUGCCACCAGGGGCAGGCCCAGGGCCUGUUGGGCUGGAAGUGUUUGCUGGGUGUGUGGCAGCUGUGGCCUGGAUCAGCCACAGCCUCACCCUCUGGGCACUGGCUCAUUCCCCUCACACCUGCUCCCGAGGGCCCUUGACCUUGGCUCUGACUGCCUUCCUGCCAGCCCCAGCCUUGGUGUUAACCCUGCUAUGGCAUUGCCAGCGAGGCACACUUCUGUCCCCACUUCUCCCAGGGCCCCUAGCCCGUCUCUGCCUUCUCCUCCUGCAGUUGACUGCCCUCUUGGCUUAUGGUCUGGGCUGGGCAGCCCCAGGGGGUCCACAGAAACCCCCAACCCAGGAACUCCUCAUACCUGAGGAACAAGAACCAGAGGUGGCCGAAGAUGGAGAAAGUUGGCUGUCCCGCCUGUCCUAUGCCUGGCUGGCACCUUUGAUGACCCGUGGUGCCUGUGGCAAGCUACAGAGGCCCCAGGACACCUGCCGUCUCCCCCACAGGCUGCAUCCAUCCUACCUGGCCCGUGCCUUCCAGGCACAGUGGCAGGAAGGUGCUCGGCUGUGGAAGGCUCUGUAUGUGGCAUUUGGGCGGUGCUACCUGACUCUUGGACUGCUGAAGCUGGGGGGAACCAUGCUUGGGUUCUCUGGACCCUUGCUGCUCUCCUUGCUGGUGGGCUUCCUGGAGGAGGGGCAGGAGCCCCUGAGCCAUGGUCUGCUCUAUGCCCUGGGACUGGCCGGUGGGGCUGUCCUGGGUGCCAUACUGCAGAAUCAGUAUGGGUAUGAGUUACGGAAAGUGACCCUGCAGAUUAGGGGGGCGGUGCUGAGCCUCCUGUACCGCAAGGCUCUCCAGCUCGGGCCCAGUCGCCCUCCCGCCGGAGAGGUCCUGAACCUGCUAGGCACCGACUCGGAGCGCCUGCUUAACUUUGCCGGGAGCUUCCAUGAGGCCUGGGGCCUGCCCCUACAGCUGGCCAUCACCCUCUACCUGCUGCACCAGCAGGUGGGUGUGGCUUUCGUGGGUGGGCUCAUCUUGGCCCUGCUGCUGGUCCCUGUCAACAAGGUGAUUGCCACUCGUAUCAUGGCCAGCAACCAGGAGAUGCUGAAACACAAGGAUGCCCGGGUUAAGCUCAUGACAGAGCUGCUGAGCGGCGUGCGGGUCAUCAAAUUCUGCGGGUGGGAGCAGGCACUGGGGGCCCGAGUGGAGGCCUGCCGGGCUAAAGAGCUGGGGCGACUCCGUGUCAUCAAGUACCUGGAUGCAGCCUGUGUCUACCUGUGGGCUGCCCUGCCAGUUGUCAUCUCCAUCGUCAUCUUCAUCACCUAUGUCCUUAUGGGGCACCAGCUCACUGCCACCAAGGUGUUCACAGCCUUGGCACUGGUCCGUAUGCUCAUCCUGCCCCUCAACAGCUUCCCUUGGGUGAUCAACGGUCUCUUGGAGGCCAAAGUGUCCUUGGACCGGAUCCAGGGUUUCCUGGAUCUUCCGAACCACAGCCCCCAGGCGUACUACAGCCCAGAUCCCCCUGCGGAGCCAUUGACGGUGCUGGAGCUGUGUGCAGCCCUGUUCUCCUGGGACCCCAUUGGUAGCAGCCAAGAGAUCUUCAUCAGUCACCUGGAAGUGAAAAAGGGAAUGCUGGUGGGCGUCGUGGGCAAGGUGGGCUGCGGGAAGAGCUCCCUGCUGGCUGCCAUCUCUGGGGAACUCCAUAGGCUGCACGGACGAGUGGCAGUGUCAGGGCUGUCCAAGGGCUUCGGCCUGGCCACCCAGGAACCGUGGAUCCAGUUUGCCACCAUCCGGGACAAUAUCCUCUUUGGAAAGUCGUUUGAUGCCCAGCUGUACAGACAAGUGCUGGAGGCCUGUGCCCUCGAUGAUGACCUCCGCCUCAUGCCGGCUGGAGACCAGACUGAAGUCGGGGAGAAGGGUGUGGCCCUCAGUGGGGGCCAGCGGGCCAGGAUUGCCCUUGCUCGUGCUGUCUAUCAGGAAAAGGAACUCUAUCUCCUUGAUGACCCCCUGGCUGCUGUGGAUGCAGACGUGGCCAAUCACCUGAUGCACAGGUGCAUCCUGGGCAUGCUGAGCCACACCACACGACUGCUGUGCACCCACCGCACUGAGUACCUGGAGAGAGCGGAUGUGGUGCUACUGAUGGACGCUGGGCGACUCAUCCAGGCCGGGCCCCCAUCUGAAAUUCUGCCCUUGGUCCAAGCCAUCCCCAAAGUCUGUGGCGAGGAAGGACAAGAGCCUGACUCAGCCAAGGCCCAGUCGGCUCCCAACCCAGAGAAAUCCCAAGAGGGGCUGGACGUGGAACCACGUGCCUGUGGGCGCCUGCUGGGGGAAGAAAGCAAGAAAGAGGGUGCUGUGGCCUUACACGUGUACCGGGCAUACUGGAAGGCUGUGGGCCCGGCACUGGCCCUGGCCAUCCUCUUCUCACUGCUCCUCAUGCAAGCCACACGCAAUGCUGCCGACUGGUGGCUUUCCCACUGGAUCUCUGAACUGAAGGCAUCCAAGAACAGCUCCCAGGAGGUGCCAGCCUCUGCCAGCCUGGCUCCCACAGGUCCCUUCUCACCGCAGCUGCUCUUCUUCUCUCCUGGAAGCCUCAACACCCCAGUGCUCCCACUACCCACAGCUGCCCUCAAUGGCUCCUCAGACGUCCAUUUCUACCUCACCAUCUACGCAACCAUCGCUGGCCUCAACUCCCUGUGUACCCUCCUCCGGGCAGUGCUGUUUGCUGCAGGCACCCUGCAAGCAGCUGCCACCCUGCAUCACCGUCUGCUGCUUCGAGUCCUCAUGGCUCCAGUGACUUUCUUCGACUGCACGCCCACCGGCCGGGUCCUGAACCGCUUCUCCUCCGAUGUGGCCUGCGUGGAUGACAGCCUGCCCUUUAUCCUAAACAUCCUGCUGGCCAAUGCCGCGGGCCUGCUGGGCCUCCUGGCUGUGCUGGGCUCGGGGCUGCCCUGGCUGCUGUUGCUGCUGCCACUACUGAGUGUCAUCUACUACCGCGUGCAGCGCCACUACAGGGCGUCCUCGCGGGAGCUGCGGCGCCUCGGCAGCCUCACGCUGUCCCCACUCUACACCCACCUGGCCGAUACCCUGGCCGGCCUCCCCGUGCUACGGGCCGCCGGAGUCACCCACAGGUUUGAGGAAGAGAACCAGCGACUCCUGGAACUAAACCAGAGGUGCCAGUUUGCUGCCAGUGCCACAAUGCAGUGGCUGGACAUCCGGCUGCAGCUCAUGGGGGCAGCAGUGGUCAGUGCCAUUGCAGCCAUCGCCCUGGUGCAGUACAGGCAGGGCCUCGCCAACCCAGGGCUGGUGGGCCUGUCGCUGUCCUAUGCCCUGUCUCUCACGGGCCUGCUGUCGGGCCUGGUGAGCAGUUUCACGCAGACGGAGGCCAUGCUGGUGAGUGUGGAGCGGCUUGAGGAGUACUGCUGUGACCUGCCCCAGGAACCCCAGGAGCCCCCAGGCUGGCCACAGCAGCCCCACCAGCAGGGCGUCAGCUGGCUGACCCAGGGCAGUGUGGAGUUCCAGGAUGUGGUGCUGGUGUACCGGCCAGGGCUGCCCCAUGCCCUGGAUGGUGUGACCUUCCGUGUGCAACCUGGGGAGAAGCUGGGCAUCGUGGGCCGCACGGGCUCUGGCAAGUCCUCCCUACUGUUGGUGCUCUUCCGGCUGCUGGAGCCCAGCUCGGGGCGAGUGCUGUUGGACGGCGUGGAUACCAGCCAGCUGCAGCUGGCCGAGCUCAGAUCCCAGCUGGCUGUCAUCCCCCAAGAACCGUUUCUGUUCAGUGGGACCGUUCGGGACAACCUGGACCCCCAGGGCCUACACGAGGAUGGGGCACUGUGGCAGGUGCUAGAGCAGUGCCACCUGAGAGAGGUGAUCAGCUCCGUGGGUGGCCUGGAUGGUGAGCUGGGCGAGGGAGGCCGGAGCUUGUCCUUGGGGCAGAGGCAGCUGCUGUGUCUGGCCAGAGCUCUGCUCACAGAUGCCAAGAUCCUGUGUAUUGAUGAAGCCACAGCCAGUGUGGACCAGAAGACUGAGCAGCUGCUCCAACAGACCAUCCGCAAACGCUUUGCAGACAAGACCGUGUUAACCAUUGCCCACAGGCUCAACACAAUCCUCAACUCAGACCGGGUCCUGGUGCUGCAAGCAGGAAGGGUCGUGGAGCUGGACUCACCCAGUGCACUGCGCAGGCAGCCCCAUUCGCUGUUCCAGCAGCUGCUGCAGAGUAGCCAGCAGGCAGCCCCAUGAGAGCCCCGUGCCCUGGGCCCCCACUCCUCCCGUCUGGCACACAGCUGGGCCUGCUGGUUUAUAAUCUCCCAUGUGGUACUACCUCUCCCUCCCUUCCCCACUGGGAGAAAGAGCUAGCUGUCUGAGCUCCUUCGUGGGGUGGGCAGAGCCCCAAGGUGUCUUCUGAACCAAGCCUCCGCCUCUAGCCCUUUACAGCUGGACUUUUCUGGGAUAGGCGUUCAUGUGGCAUUUUCAGAUUUUUAUUUGAUAAAAUCCCCAUCUUAUAUUCUGUGUAUUAAAAAAAUAGUAUAUUUCUGGCAAGAGGUUGAAGUCCCCUUGGCGUGUGGAUCACCAGAGCCGAGGGGUGGAGGAGGCAGGGAAGGGGGCUGCCAAGCCCCUACCCCCUCUGUCACAGUGCUGUAGUCUUCCCAGGCUCCAGGGGCAGGUCAGGUGGCACGGGCAGCACCGUGGCCAGCAUGCUGACCUGGCACUCCUGAUCCUGGCAUGCUGGGGCGUAG